AUGGGUGAAUUAGUAACAAUUAUCAAUGGUUUUGUUCUAUUUAGAAAAGCCUGUUGAAAUCGCAGUGACUCUGGAAAUUGCAAGCAUUGCCUCUAUAUCCGAAGACAACAUGGAUUAUACAGCCACAAUAUUUCUGCGGCAGAGAUGGACAGAUAAACGCUUAAUAUUUGAAGGCAGUGGAAGCAUUACUUUGGAUCCCAGGCUUGUGCAAUUGCUUUGGGUUCCAGAUACGUACAUUGUAGAUUCCAAGAAAUCCUUCCUGCAUGAUAUUACUGUGGAUAAUCGUCUUGUUCGUCUCUUUGCCAAUGGGACUGUGCUCUAUGCAAUCAGAAUUACAACAACCGUGGCUUGCAAUAUGGACCUCACCAAAUAUCCCAUGGAUAGGCAAACAUGCAAAUUGCAGCUAGAGAGCUGGGGAUAUACUCGUCAAGACCUUGCAUAUAAAUGGAUGAGAGGAAAUGACUCAAUUCACGGCAUGGAUACUUUACAACUUGCACAAUAUACUGUUGAAAAAUAUUAUACUGAAGUCACCACUGGAAAGGAUGAAACUGGCACUUACCCUAGACUUACCCUAUGCUUUGUACUCAAAAGAAACAUUCUCUACUUCAUUUUGGAAACAUAUAUUCCAUCUUCUUUGCUUGUGGUCUUAUCAUGGAUUUCUUUUUGGAUUUCUCAAACUUCUGUUCCUGCAAGAACAUGCUUUGGGGGACGUCAUCAGAGAGAGCCAGCGUUGCUGUCGCGCACCACCACUACCGCCGCCGCUGGCAUAAAUAGGGUUUUGGAGUUACAACUGUAUUAGCUAUGACAACCAUUUUGAUGGGGUCUCGGUCCAGUUUUCCUACUACCAAUUGUUUCAUAAAAGCAAUUGAUGUGUACCUUGGUAUUUGCUUCAGUUUUGUUUUUGGAGCUUUACUAGAAUAUGCAAUUACCCAUUAUUGUGCUGAAAAACAAGGUUCUGUUAAAGAAAAAGAAAGAAAGGUUGCACCUGAAGAAUGUGAAGAUAACACUGUCAUCCUAGUCAACAAUAAUUCUAAAGAAAUAAGCACAAAUGAAGAUAAUAAUGAAAAUAAUAUAUUAAAAUCAAAAACUAAUGAAAGUCA